CGAUAUACUUCCCAUUCGUCGCUGGGGGCUGAUUGAACUUUAUCGAGAGAAGAUAUUAUGCAUGGUACGAUAUUCUCCGAAUUCUCGAUAAUUGAUGGGCGACGGAUAUCGAAUCUUUUAAUUAUAUAUUGGCACAGAUUUUUAAAAUGGCAAGUCCUUCCAGAUCCAGAUCCUGUAUCACACGCAUGAUCAUAGACGACACUGAAGUUGCUCCAAUCUGAAGCAUCGGUUACAGUCUCACGUUGACUAACCUCCCAAAUAAUCAAGGCCAACAAUAAUCCGCGAAGGAAAUCUGCGUGAGAUAGAGAUACACCUAAGUAAGCUGUGAAAUGCUGAUUGGAUCGAAGCCGAUACUCCGGCAGUGCGGACUGCGGGGACUACUGCAUCGAUUCGCAUCACCUCAAGGGCCAAGUCGCAGAAACAGCAAUUACGAGGCGAGAUGCGACGACGAUCCGCAUAGGAGAAUAAUAGGCAACCGGGAGAUCGUUUGUCACGGCAUGAACGGCAACCCUACGUACAUCGACUCGUGGGAUUAUCCCUUUCCAGCGAUACGCUAUCGCGAGUGUACACCCGAGCUAAUGGCGCUGCGCGAGAAGGAGCGUGGCGACUGGAGAAAACUCACGAUCGGCGAGAAAAAGUGUUUGUACAGAGCAAGCUUUCGUCAGACGUUCUCGGAACUGCAGGCGCCCAAUUCGGAUUGGAAAUGCAUCAUCGGCGUCGUGCUAAUGGGCAUCUCGCUCUCUCUCUGGAUCCACCUGUUCAUUCAUCAUAAAGUGUACGUCAAGUGGCCGGAGUCGUUCAGCACCGAGAAUCGGAUCGCUCAGUACUACCGGCAGGUCGACCUCAACAUGCAGCCGUUCAGCGGUAUCUAUCGACCGCCGGGAGCCGAGCUCAGGAUUCACGCGAAGAACAAGUCGAUGCUCAAGAAGGCGCACGAAGACGAGACUAACUAGAGCUGGAUACUCUAUUUCCUUUUUUUUUUAUAGCACCGACAAGUAAAUAGGUGUACAAAGGCCGAUUCGCCGAGUGCGAAAAUACACUUGGGCGGUGGCAUGUUUUCCAACUUUCCAAACGGACCUUAUUGGCUAUCGUUAACACACAACGCGCGCGGACUUUUUUCCUACUUCUCUGUGACAAAAGUUUUCACGGAGUCUUUCUGUAGAAUUCGAAAUUCGACACGGCUUCGCAAAAUAAAUCUAAUUUCGAGCAAA